UUGCGCCUCUUGUCUCACCUAACACGAACAAGAGAAUCUGAUCGUGUCGGAAUCACAAAGCGGGAAGAUGGGGAUGACGCCGAAAAUCGCGCCUUCGAUGCUGUCGUCGGACUUCGCUAAUUUGGCGGCGGAGGCCAACCGUAUGCUCGCUCUUGGUGCCGAUUGGCUCCACAUGGACAUCAUGGAUGGGCAUUUUGUCCCAAAUUUAACGAUCGGUGCACCCAUUAUCGAGAGUUUGAGAAAGCACACCGAUGCUUAUCUUGAUUGUCAUCUUAUGGUGACAAAUCCCCUGGAUUACGUGGAGCCUCUGGCUAAAGCCGGGGCGUCUGGUUUCACAUUCCACAUCGAGGCGGCCAAAGACAAUUGGCGAGAACUUGUUCAGAAAAUUAAGUCUGCUGGAAUGAGGCCGGGCAUAUCACUGAAGCCUGGAACACCCAUCGAAGAAAUCUAUCCUCUGGUUGAAGGAGAAAAUGCUGUUGAAAUGGUUCUUGUGAUGACCGUAGAACCUGGAUUUGGUGGACAGAAGUUCAUGCCAGACAUGAUGGAUAAGGUUCGUGCAUUGAGGAGCAAAUACCCGACUCUUGAUAUCGAGGUGGACGGAGGGUUGGGGCCGUCGACCAUAGACGUGGCGGCUGCGGCAGGGGCCAACUGUAUAGUGGCCGGAAGUUCAGUGUUCGGAGCGCCGGAUCCUGGUCUUGUCAUCUCCCUCCUCAGGGACUCUGUUCUCAAAGCCCAAACCACAUCUUGAGGUUCUGGUCUUGUAAUAAUAUCUGACUUUUGAAUAAUUAUAGAUAUCCAUAAUUAAAAAAAUAUAUAUAUUGUUAUGGUCAUCGAGUUGGGCUAUAUAUGUGGUAUCUAAUGAUAUAACACUUUUGUGAAAUGAUUCAACUUCUCCACCAA